AAACCCUACAAAUGUCCUUAUAAAACCCUACAAAUAUUCACGUAACAUUUUCUACCCCAGCAGAAUGGCUCGCCCUACCCACCUGGUCCUCCUGUUUGUGACGCUGGGAGCGGUGCACUCCUCGCAAGGACACGCUCGCUCCUUCACCAGAUGCCAGCUGUCCAGAGAACUACUGCGAUACAACUUCCCAAGGAGCAUGAUACCUAACUGGGUGUGUCUCAUUGAGCACGCCAGCGGUAGGACCACGGACAAGGUGACGACCCACAACAACUCAUACACCAGCUACGGCCUUUUCCAGAUUAACAACAAGGAUUGGUGCAAGAAGGGCAGGAAGGGAGGACACUGCAACAUUAAAUGUGAAGAUCUCUUGAACGAGGACUUGGCAGACGACGUGCGGUGUGCCAAGCGCAUCUACGACCGGGUCGGCUUCAAGGCCUGGCCUACAUCCUUCUCCUACUGCAAGGAGAACAGCCUCCCAGACCUAUCAAGAUGUUAAGCCAAUAGUUUGGUCCUUUUGCCCGCGUGUUCUUUAGAUUGUAAGAUUUAGUUAAGUUCGGUGUUUAUUUAAAUGCUUGAUUUAUCUAUUGUCUAUCUAAAUACCAAUGCCAUCAGGGUUAGUUGCAGAUCCCGCCAAAAAUGGAAUUCGCUUGGUUAUAAUAGUAUGAAUUUGGUGUGUAGGCCGGGAAAGUGCUAAAUUGUCUUUUUAUUAUUUUUAUUUUAAGUUAGAUUAAAUUUCUUUUAUUAGAGCGAAAGGACUAUUGUAAUUCUUACUUUUUGAAUACCAAAACAUCAAAGGUUUUAUUCUUGAUAGGCACUAUACCAUAUAUGUAUAAUAUCAAUUAAUUCAAAGUUAUUUCUUUAUCUAAUAAUAGAUAAAGAUUCUAACAUAUCACAGAAUACUAUGAAAAAUUGAAAAAUAUGAAGUAAAAACUAGUCUCAAUAGAAGACUUCAAGAUUAAGAAUUAUUAAGAAAAAGUAAUAACUAUUUUCUUUAAUAGAACUUUUCGCUUUAAUGAGACA